AUGUUCUAUUUGAGCCCUAAUAUGUCGAGCUCGAAAAUCGACGAAAGCUUGGAUCAAGACGAGUCUACGUUUGAUGGGAAGUCAUCUUCAAGGAAAACUUCAGCUGCCGAUGAGAUCACUCCAUCAAAAGAGUUUUCAGUUACUGAAGAAAAAAUUUCCUCACGUAAAAGUUCUACGGUUGAGGAAAAGAUUUCAUCUUCAGCGAAAAGUUCAACCACAGAAGAUAAACCUCCAUCAAGAAAGGUUUCUGAAGAAAAAGUUUCAUCACGGAAAUCGUCUACAGCAGAAGAGAAAGUUCCCUCUCGAAAGGCAUCUGCUACUGGAGAAGAAAAAAUUCCUUCUCGAAAGACAUCGGCUGCUGAAGAAGAAAAAGUUCCUUCCCGAAAGGCGUCUGCUGUUGAAGAAGAAAAAGUUCCUUCUCGAAAAGCAUCUGCUGCUGAAGAAGAAAAAGUCCCUUCUCGGAAGGCGUCUGCUGUUGAAGAAGGUAAAAUUCCCUCGCGCAGGGUAUCGUCAGCUAUUGAAGAGGAAAAAAUCUCUUCCAGAAAAUCGUCUGCAGCAGCAACAACAGCUGAAAAAACCCCCUCUCGCAAGGCAUCAGGGGAAGGUGGCGAAAACGAUCAGGCCAGAAAAAUGUCAAAAUCAGCUAGGUUCGAAGAAGAAGUAAUCAAGUCGCCGCCGAAAUCACCACAGUUGCGAAAACCA